AUGAACGAUUGUGAGGAUGAGGCAAUCUGCGCUGGUCAACUUGAAGAAACUCAGCGCCUCUCUGGCCCAAUGCGAGACAGCUGGAAGAGCGGCAACUUCUGGAUUGUGUAUGCUGCUCGGAAUAAUUUUGCAUUCGACUCGAUAUAUUGGCAUAAAAUUGACCAGCGAUUUUUUGGACCAACUCAAAGCUUUGACGCCGACGAUGUUUGGAAGGAGAGACUUCAUCUACUAACACCCAAAGAAAAGGACUACAUAGAUCAAUGUGUAAAGCUGAAAUUCAAAGAGAUGGACUCGAGGCUUCUUGCUUGGGACCCUGAUGAGUAUACUCGCGAAUACGAUUGUGAGUGGGGGCCCAUCAGCGAAGACGAAUGA